AUGGAUCUCGACCCAAAACCCAUUCCCGAGUUCCUUGCCCUGCAACGAGACGAAGUUGCCCCACCUAAUCUUCAGGGCUUUUUCUUGGAAUUUGAAGAUUUCUGGGAACGCCGCUUGUGGCAUCAACUUACUGAAGCUCUUUUGAAGUUUUAUGAGGACCCAGAAAGUGGCCCCCAGCGGAUCCCGAUAUACAAACACUUUGUCUUGUCAUUCUCGGAUAAGAUAAACCAGUUGAAGUUCGUAACUCUAGGGUUGUCAGCCGCCAGGGAGAGCAAAGGUCUGUUCAUUGUUCUGAAACCGUGAAACCGAUCACCCAGUGGUGAACACGCGCUGAUGACGGGACAUGAAUCAGAUAAUGAUGAAGCUUUGGAGUUUCUUACCACGAUUGCUACAAAGGUCAACAAGCCCGCCUCCAAGGAUGCCUAUGUCUAUGCUACAGUGGAAGUUGCCAGGGUCAAGUUGCUUCUGGCGGAUAUGGAAGGUGCAAGGAAGGCGUUGGAUGAGGCGGAAAAGAAUCUGGAAACCUUUGAUUCUGUGGAGUCUGUUGUCCAUGCCUCAUUUUACCGUGUGAAUGCCGACUAUUACAAUGUAAGACGCUUCUUCAGCGCACUCUUCCGACAACAAUCUAAUCCAUUUCUAGGCCAAGCUCGAGUUCGCCUCUUACUAUAAGAACGCACUUCUAUACCUUGCCUGCGUAAAUGUUGCCGACUUGAGCCAGAUGGAGCAACAGGAGCGUGCCUAUAACCUUGCUAUCGCUGCCUUGUUGGGGGAGUCAAUAUACAACUUCGGAGAGUUGCUUCUACACCCCAUACUCGACUCGCUAAAGGGUACCGAGCACAGUUGGCUCCGCGAUCUCUUAUUCGCUUUCAAUGCGGGAAAUCUCACUCGGUUCCACGGACUCAGUGGCCAUUUUUCCAAACAGCCACUUCUCGAAGGCCGGUCCUCGUUUCUUCGUGAGAAGCUCUGUCUGUCAGCUCUUACCGAAGCUGUAUUUCGCAGACCCCCCCAUGACCGUGCCCUAAGCUUUGCCACUAUUCUCGAGGAGACGAGAGUUUUUCCCGAGGAAGUCGAACAUCUGCUCAUGAGGGCGCUGAGCUUGGGGCUUGUCCGCGGCAGUAUCGACCAGGUGGCUGAGGUGGCCAGGAUCUCUUGGGUGCAGCCAAAGGUAUUGGACAAGGAGCAGAUCGAGAAUAUGAAGCAGAGGCUGAUGGAAUGGGAUGGGAGCGUCAACAAACUGGGCAACUGGAUGGAGAGCAGGCUUGUUGCUGGAGUAUAGACUAAUACUGUAGGUUUCUACGACCAGUUUACAUUGCCGUAGAAUAUACAUAUAUAUAAAAAAGGCUAGUUUUGACCUGUU